CUUACCUGCUAAGAAAACCCAAACACUAUAAAGGGCUUAAGAAUGCGAUCUCUUCAAACAACAAAACAUCCCAUAAAAUUUAGUAGAAGGAGAUAGUUAAGCAGCAUGGGAAAGAAGCUUGAUGCUAUUCUCGGAAGAACCUUCAAGACCUCAAAAUUCAAACCACUUGUCAAUCUUGCUACCUCUCGCCUUGAAGUUUUCAAGAACCAACGCCAAGUCAGGUGCAAUCAAGCUCGCUCUGAUGUGCUUCAGCUUCUUCAACAAGGCUACCAUGAACGCGCUCUUCUUCGUGUUGAGCAUGUGAUCAAAGAGCAGCAUAUGUUGGAUGUGUAUGUUAUGUUGGAAGGAUACUGCAAUCUCUUAGUUGAAAGAGUCCACCUCAUUGAUCAGAAGAGAGUGUGCCCUGACGAACUGAAGGAGGCAGUUUCAAGUUUGCUUUAUGCGUCUUCCAGAUGCGGAGAUAUCCCAGAGCUUCAGGAAGUCCGCAAUGUUUUCACUUCUUGGUAUGGGAAAGAAUUUGCUGCUCGUGCUAUUGAAUUGCGAAAUAAUUGUGGAGUCAAUCCUAAGAUGAUACAAAAGCUAUCAACCAGGCAGCCAGGCUUGGAUAGCCGAAUGAAGGUCCUCAAGGAGAUCGCCUCAGAGAACAACAUUGUUGUGCAACUCGAGGAAGCCUACCUUGCAAAUGAGGAAAAACUGGAUGUGAGAAAGAAGAAGCCAACUAAUUCAGGUAGCCCUUUGCGGUUUGGCAACUUGCAAAUUUCACCUGAAGAGAUAAAAAAGGAUGCCUUCGGUGGUUCAAUUAAGGCAAAUAAGAAGUAUAGGGAUGCAGUUGAUGCAGCUCAAGAUGCUUUUAAGUUCUCAGCCAAUGCAGCUGCUGCUGCAAGAGCGGCUGUGGAACUCUGUCGAUAUGAUCCCCAUGAUCCUGACAAUGAUAACAGUCCCAAUAUUCGAGGAAAAAAGGUAUCAGAUAAGGAUGAGUCCAUGAAACUUGAAUCUGAACACAGAGUUUAUGUAAUCCACCAGGAAAAUGAGACUACAAAUAAAUUAGCAGAGCAGAGGUGGUCAGCAUCUUCUUCCACUUCAAAUUCAGGUUCAGUUCAAGAAGAUUUGAGGGUGAAUUCAAUGUCCCUGGAUGCAGAGCACCUAAUCAAGCAGUUGGAGAAGGAUAUAGUUUUUGAUAGUGAUAAUGAAACUCAUUAUUCAGGUUCCAAUAUAAGGUCUGGAAAGGUCAAAGGAGAGGUCCAGGCAGCUGAGAAAAAAUACCGUCAAUCAUUCAAGCUGUUCUAAACAGAGAGAAGGGACCUGUUUCUGUCAGGAACAAAGCGGUGCGUAGAUACUGAGAAGCAUGAGCAUAUUAAGUUUGCUUGCGAGUUUAGCUGAUUAAAUGGCCUUUUUAUUCUCCCGGUUUUCUUUAUGUAAACUUUUUUUUUUUUGGUAUUCUUUUGUCAGUGUUGAAAAUUUUUUAAAGUUAAAAAGAUAAAUGCAACUAAUAAAGUGUGUUUAAGUUUGCACCUCAAAAUUUGAGGAGGAUUCUCAACAAAUAGAAAUGAAGCUCACCAAUACCUUCAUGCUGA